UCUAAGCCAACCCGAAUAGAACGGCUGGAUAAAGUUGAAAAGGAAGCGCGCGCUAUACAAGAAUUCAAGCGACACAAACAGCAGAAGUUGAAGCACUACAUAGACACUCUGCUGCUGUACUCGAUCGUCAUCUACGUGAUAUGCGCCAUCUUCUGCUACAUCUUCUACUUCCCGGACAACUGGUCGGAUCGAUUCCUGUAUCUGCUACCGUUCGUGGCAUUCCCCUUCCUAAUCUAUGGAUGGAAAAGAUUCCUACACUGGCGCUAUGUACGACGAAUCACUGAAAAAGAAAUCAGGCUGGUGGAGCUGAGAGACGAGAAACGACAGCUGCUUGAAGAGGUGAUGGAGAGUGAUGGAGUCAGCAGAUUCGUGUCGGCUGAAAUUGCCGAGAGAAUGAGCGUGACAUUAUGAAUAGUAAGAGGACGGGUGGAGGAGGAGUAGGGGGAGGAGGAGGAAGCAAAGAAGACGAUCAAUAACAAGAAUAACAACAGUAACAGCAACGACGAAGACGAAAAAG